AAUUCAUUAUACAAUUAUAUAAACAUCAAUUUUAACCACCAUUUGCAGAUUCGCGAGUAGUGCAUCCGAAAUGUUAGUGCCAAAUAUAACGCUUAAUAAUGGACAAAAAAUGCCGAAUUUUGGACUAGGAACUUAUAAGGCCAAAGAUGGAGAGGCGCAACGAGCUGCUCAAGAUGCCAUCGACGCAGGAUAUCGGCAUUUCGAUUGCGCUUAUUAUUAUCAAAAUGAAAAAGAAAUUGGUGAAGGAAUUAAAGCUAAAAUAGAUGAAGGAGUUGUGAAAAGGGAAGACUUAUUCAUUACAAGUAAGUUGUGGUGCACUUUCAACGAACCAGAAAAUGUCCUCAAAUACUGCAAACAAUCUGUCGAUAGCAUCGGCUUGGGAUAUCUUGAUCUAUAUCUGAUACACUGGCCAUUUUCAUUCAAGGCAAUCAUAUAUAUACCAUACUUCAUUUAUAAUUAUUUACAUUUUCAUUUAUAUUUUUCUCUCCAGGCCUCAGAUGGGUCAUAUGCCGAUGUGGAUUUUGUUGAUACUUGGAAAUCCAUGGAAGAAUGUUCGAAACAAGGUUUAACUCGAAGCAUAGGAAUAAGUAAUUUCAACAGUAAACAAGUUGAAAGAUUGUUGCAACAUUGCACAAUCAAACCUGUUGUUAAUGAAGUUGAAGUUAAUACUAGCAUUAAUCAAAGGAGGUUGAUUAAAUUCUGUAAUGAUAGAGGGAUUGCGAUAGUUGGUUAUACACCCUUAGGUUCAAUAGACACCAAUAGGCCCGGUGUGAAUGGGGUUCCACAAAUAGUUCAGGAAUUAGCAGAAAAAUAUAGCAAAUCUCCUGCACAGAUAAUACUACGAUAUUUGGUUCAACUUGGAGUUACUCCAAUACCAAAAUCUGUGACCAAAUCAAGGAUUGUAUCCAAUAUUCAAGUUUUUGACUUUGAGUUAUCAGAUGAAGAUGUUGAGAAGAUGGACUCUCUGAAUAAAAAUGAAAGAUAUAUCACAUUUGAAUCUGCCAAAGGCCAUAAAGAAUAUCCAUUUAAUAUAGAUUUUUGAAAAAUAAUGUAUAUAAACAUUAUUAGAUAGCAUAAUUCAGAACCAUACAAAAUAAACAUUAUUAUAUUUAUAAUAUUUAU